AUGUUUGCUCUAUCAGAUCCUAAUGAUCAUGAUGCCCAGCAACAAGAACUAAAGUUUAGUUGUACCCACAAGGUAGAGUUUUUUUGUGACACGUGCCAAGCAUUCUAUUGCAAUGAUCAUUGUGAUUUCGUUCAUAGUAUCGAAGGUUUGGAAGGCCAUGCUAGAAUCAUAAUAGAAAAUUUCAAUGAAUCAGCCAAGGCUCUUGAUCAUGAACAACCAAAACCGACAACAGACAAACAAACAGAGUUUUUAACAGAUUGGAAGAGCAACAACCUCCUCUUUGUCAGUCCUCACUCUCAGGUGAUGGAAAAGGGUCUCAAAUGGAUCAACACUGGUCUGUCCGAGACUGACCCCUUCUUGCUUGCUAGUUUUGCUGGACCCACUGGCGCAGGAAAAAGUAUGCUGGUCCGUUACUUGGCCGAGGGAGAACAUAUCCCAGUGUCGUCAAACAGUCAGACAGAUGCUGCCAGCUCUGACAUUAACUGCUACAAUGGUAGAUUGCCCAAGGACAAUUCCAAAUUCCUCAUCUUUGAUAGUGAGGGUAAAGGAGCCGAAGUUAUCAACCAAACAAUCAAACAUACACAGUCGUGUAUCGAUCCUGAUCAACUAAGUUAUCGUCGUCGAUUUAUCGAUACCUGUUAUCCACGUCUACUCUACCUCUUUAGUGAUGUCUUUAUCUAUGUCUACAACCAAUCUGCUCAGAAUUCUGUAGAUGUCAUAUCACAUCUCUUAUCGUAUGCCGAGGAUAGCUCAGUUUCCACUAUCAAUCAACCUACCAAACCUCAUUUGAUUGUUGUAUACAACAAGGCAACAAACAUCACAAGCUAUGACGUUACAGAGGCCUCCAACAAGAUCUUCCCACCAGACUCUGACAACAAGGAACUCGUCGAACUCAGAGGACACUAUAAGACACUCAAUGCCAUAUUCAUCCCUCCCGGCAAGUCUUUCCAUCCAGGUACCGACGUUGUUCAGUUUCAGGACCUUGACCAAUUCUCAAAGCAAAUGAUCAAGUUUAAGUAUCUAGUCCAUAGACUGCUCGAAUCAGCUUGUCUUGUCAAAACCAACAAAACCCUCUAUAACAGAUCCCAUAUGAUGGGCUACAUGUCAAAGGCCAUCAACAUUCUCAAUGUAAAGGCACUCGGAACCAUUGAUAUUUACCAUAUGACCAAAUCCAUGGAGGGAGUGACAUCUUUUAUUUACGAAUUUUUUAAAUGCAUCUACAAUCAAAACAUUUGUAAAAAGAUGACACCAGUUUCAGCCUUUGACAAUGCCUAUAAAGCCAUUCAAGAAAGAACAGGAGACAUUAUAUACUUGUAUUGCAAGAGAAAUCAAAUUCUCUCCCCCGUCAGAGGUCAAACACUACCAGAGUCUCUCAACAAGGUUUUCCAAGAGGCCUAUGAUAAAAUCAUGGACUCAAUGCCUUGCGACUCUGUACAUCCAAAAAUUUCAGAUCUCAGAUGUGAAACUGUGAGAUCGUGUCAUACCCAAGAGAUCAACCACAAAUCGACUCAAACUGUAAAGAAGCAACGAAGAUUCCUCAUGUUCAACCUUGGAGAGACAAUCUCUUUUACAAACGAAAAGUGGUAUAGCUCUGGCCAUGUUCCUUUUGGAGACUAUAAAACACUGGCAGCAUACGCUAGCGACAAUCUACCAACAUAUCUUUUAGAUGACAACCAGGUCACUCAAAACAGACGACCGCUCCUCCUCAACAAAGAUUUGGCCCCAUCCAAUAAUGUCUGUUUUGGUUGUCUUUUAGCCCAUCCAACUCAACCAAGAAAGUGUGGCCAUAUGUUUUGUUCUGAUUGCUGCGAGGAAAGCCCCAUCAAAUGUCCGAUUUGCGACACUGACUCGCCAUGGAUCAAUUCUCAGGUACCAAAAUAUGCAAACACCCGAGUUCUCUCGAUUGAAGGAAUUGGUGGAGUAAGAGGAAUUGCCCAAGCAAUAGCCAUAAACCACCUGGAGCAUUUACUGUACGACAUUCCAAUCAGUAGAUUAGUGGAUCUUAUUGUUGGUAGUGGUUCGGGAGGUCUGGUUGCCCUCGGAAUAUCAGGUAGCGAUGGCAAAUCAUCGAGAAUGAUUGAAUUCUAUAAUGAUUUGAACAAAGUCCAGAUAUAUCCGUUUGGUGGUGUUCCAAUUGUCAAGAAUGUCACAAAGUUUAUUUGUAGAGCUAUCUAUAAACGUGAUUCAUUUAAUAAUGUCCUCUCAAAACACCUACCAGAAAACAACAAAAAAUACCUACUUCAAGUGCAAGCCUCUACACCAGGCUCUGCUCAUGUAGCAGUUACUGCGGCCACCAACUUUGAUGGUUCAAACAAGCUCACUCUGUUUAGCUCUUACCAUCUCCCUAGAAAGGCAUGUCUCAAAUAUGAUGUUUUAAACACCUCUAUAUUUAAUGCUGCUCUUGCCACAUCUGCCACUCCCGGAUUUAUCGAUUCUCACACCAUCAAUGGCAUCACGUACACUGAUGGAUCGAGUCUUGCACUUUCUCCAUGUCAUAUUGCCCUCCACGAGGCCGAUCGUCUCUUUCAACGACCAUGCGAUCUAUUCAUCACCAUUACAACUGGUAAAUGGAAUAACACGCAAACCCAAAAACAAAAUGAUAUUAUUACAGUUGGAGAUAAAACAGUUGAUGCCUUUACAGAGAGCAAAACACAAUGGAAGAGUUUCAACACACACUUGAAAGAAACAAAUUCAAAAACACUACCCUACCGUAUCAACCCUAGAUUUAAAAAUGGCUAUGAAUAUGAAGAAAACUGGAGAACGGAAGAAAUAGUCAAGGAAGCAAGUGAUUUUUAUGGUAUAACAAAUUUGGGUGAAUUGUCUAAUAUUGCCAACCAUCUACUGGCGAGUCAAUUCUACCUGGAUGCCAUUGUCACAUCAUUAAAUGGUUCUAUUACCUUUACCAUCAAAUGUCGUUUGUCACCAACAGACUAUGAAAGAAGAGCUUUGAGUGGUCUGUUGAGCACCACACCAUUUCAAGUCAGCGGAAUUGGAUUUGAUCAACAAGCAGUAUUCCAUGAAGCCCAACUACAACCAUCCUUUUCUCAACAGUUUACAAUCAAUAACUUGGAUCGUCAUACAUGGAAACAUAUUGAUAUUAAAUGUAAAUUGUAUGUUGGAUCUGGAACAACAAAUGGUCAAUAUUUUUCAAUCUCUGGAUCACCUCUAAGUUUUGAAAAGAUUUUCGAAUAA